UCCAUCUUUGGUCUCAGAGGCAGAGCUGAAGAGGAAGAGGACUGCAGUGAUUUCAGCGCCCUGCAGAUCGAGCUCGGCCUGGGAUGUACAGACUGAAUCCUGACUGUUGGGUUUGGUCGCCCAGACCUCGUCUGUGUCUCCUCCCUCAACAUUCAGGGAGUCUUGCUUCAGCCGUGCUGAGCCACAAAGAGGAAGAGGAGGAGGAAGAGGCAGGAGGGCAUCCUGCUGUUUGCUGCUACACUACAGGUUGUGAUGACAUCAUCAGCCAGGCCUCUGAUGCUCAGUGGUCCACCUCCGAACCUAACAUCCACUCAGGGGUCCCCCGCAGCUCUGGCCCGGCUGGGCGAGGGCCUGGUGCUCCAUCUUCACAGCAGCCAAACACAGUGAUCGAUGCUGAUGGGGGAGACGUAUCGCGGCGGUUUAUUGGUGGCCGUUGCUGGGAGGGUCCGGGAAUGGAGACCCAGGGAUGUGUAUGUGCUUAUGGGCAGAGGGAACCAGAAGGUUUGGGUACCUGCUGGCCUGGAUCUCCAUACGUUUACUACGGAGUGAGGAGGAACCUGGUGGUUGGAGUGCAGGUGGUGGAGGAAGUUGCUGUUGAAGACACUCUAGAAGUAAUAACAGAGGACAUAUACACAGAUGAUCUGAUGGAUCCCAAGGUGCUGCAAGACACCCAGCUGUACCCCACAUGAGCCCCGAGUAACUUUCAGCGUGUCCUGUUUGGACUGUAUACACUGUAAACAAAGAUAUUAUUCACACAUUUGUCAAAUUUGUUUGUAUUUUACAUAUUUAGCCUAUCACUGUUGUUGUGUAUGUGUGUCUUCCACGUGCUUGACAUUAAAGCCACUGUCAGCUGUGAUUAAUAAGAUUUACAACAGAAAACAAAACAAUAAAAAAUGAUGACAUGUU